UUUUAACUACAAUUCUGGCUUCUUAUUUUUCGUCUGUAUAUAUUUUAAAACCGAGAAAAUAAUGAAUUGCGAUAGUAUCCAGUGUUCUCCGCUGAAAACAAAUUCGGUGGUCCAACGCAGCCUCGAUACUCGACUUCAUAGAUCACAGGCAACGAAAUGCCUUCAAAUAUUUUGCGUUCAAGUGGUAAUGAUUUGGAUACUCAUUCUGGAUAUCUGUCAUGGAAACCCCUGUACUCGAAAGUACUGGUAUUCUCUGGUGGAACGUUUUGUUUUAGCCGUGUUUGCUUUGAGUGCACUGCUGCAUUUCGGAAAGUACAUAUGGUUAUCUUUUACUGAAGAUCAGGUGAUCGGAACAGAGACCCAAAAGCGCCUGCUGGAUGGAGAAGAAGACACCCCUUUUGGAACAAUGUACGCAAUUCCGGAUCAAAAAUCAGAAAUCAACUUAAUAAACAAUCGCUGGCACGUAUUAUUCUAUCAAUGCGGGUAUUCGGAAAACGAGAAACCGCCAAUGCUGGAAAAAAAAUCUUUCAAUAUCACUAGCGAAUCUUGGGAUGAACAGUUUUGUGAUUAUGAAUACAUUACUGAUGAUCGGAAGUUACCCGCUUUAUUUAGGCGUGCUAAACGCAGACGCAACAUAAUAAAUGAGUUAAAAAAAAAAGAGAUGUGUCAAAUACUGGAAAACUAUAAUAGAAAACUUAUUAACGAUUUUUUUCCACUUUCGGUAGACUGGUACAUUCAAAAUGCAAAGGUCGUUGAAUCACACUGUCCGAGUCAAUUAUAUGAAUGUGUGACCAACUUAAGGUACUGGAUAUCCACGACCAUAUUGCAUAGAUUGGUCAAGGAGUUUGAGCAUGUGGAUAAGACAUUUCAAGAACUGGGGUUCAGAAAUCUUAAGAUCGGAGAGUCAAGUCUGGAGAUGCUACGAUUGUUGGCCGAAGAAGAAGAGCGCUUCGUGGAGACCUGUAUUCCCACGUUGUCCACGGUGUUGGCUUUUCUAAGCAUCUCUGCCAACCAAAAUAACCUGGUUAAGCGCAUUAGGGAGCUAGCGAAGGGAGCCUACAUGGCUACCUACCAAUGGUGGUUUGUCCAAGGGCAGCACUUGCCUACAGAUGCAGCCAUUGUGUUCCACCUGUUUUGCGUCUACAUGGAUAGUCAAUUGAUGCCAACUCCGCUGGAAGGUGGACGAAGGCCUUUCUACUCCCGCUAUGUGGUAAAAAGGGAUACAGACCAUCCAUCCAUCGAGGACAUCGUGUCACGUGUGAACAACAGGGCCAACUGCGCCAUCCUGGCCACUGGAAAUCUGGAAUCCGAUCCCAUGUUUAACUUUAUCAGCGGAAAGGAGGUGCAGGAUUGCCUAUACGACAGAAACAAUCUGUUCCACGUGAUCCUCCAGUUUUUGAUCUAUUUGCGAGAACAUCGGGGCUCCAAUCUGGAAGGCGUGAGUCUGGGCAGGAAUGGCAUCAACAUUUUGGAUGUUAUUGGAGACGAAUCAAUUCUCCGAUAUGAUAUCAAUUUUAAGUAA